AUGAGAUUAGAGUUCUACGGAUGUCGUAUUGAUCGUUUCACCAUGCCUCUUGGUAUGGAAGACCGUCGUAUUUUGUCGGGUCAUCUUCGGGCCUCGUCGUCGUACAACUACAAGCACGGACCUGACCGAGCGCGUCUGAAUAUCGUCAACGGUCAUGGACGAACAGGAGCCUGGGUGUCCAGGCAUCGUAACCAUAAUCAGUGGCUACAGAUUGACCUCAGGGAAAUGACUAUUGUGAAAGGUAUCGCUACACAAGGAAGGAGAGAAGCUCAUCAGUGGGUGACAAAAUAUCAGAUAACCUACAGUCGAUUCGGAGCACGAUUCACCUCUUACGUUUCUUUCGGGCGUGUCAAGAUGUUCCGUGGUAACUUCGACAUUUAUCACACAGUGGCCCAUAAGAUAUUGCCCGCCAUCAAGGCACGCUACAUCAGGAUCCAUCCGAAGGGAUGGCGUUCAUACAUCGCCAUCAGAGUCGAACUUUAUGGUGGACGACUGCGAGAAAACUUCUGCGAUGCACCAGUGGGUCUACAAUCCGGUCGUAUAAAGAACAGCCAAAUCACAGCUUCGUCUCAGUGGAACAAGCAUCACGCGCCUUGGCUUGCUCGUCUGCACCGGACCAAGAGAGGGCCUUAUAUCGGAUCAUGGUCUUCCCGACAUAACAACCACAAUCAGUGGCUACAAAUCGACUUCAGAAGGGCAAUGAAGAUCACUGGUAUUGCCACUCAAGGUCGACAGGAUGCUGUCCAAUGGGUGACCGCGUAUUAUAUCUACUACGGUUACGAUGGCGUUUACUUCUCCCACGUGAAAUAUUGGUGGAACUAUGCUCCAAGGACUUUCCAGGGCAACCGAGAUCAACUGUCUGUACAAACACACCCUAUAAACCCAGCUAUAUACGGCCGAUACGUGCGAAUCAUACCACGAGGCUGGAAGUCACAUAUUUCAAUGAGGUUGGAGCUGUAUGGAAGUCCUUGGAGUAAGUCUUUCACGAACGCUAGUUUCGUGUGA